CUUUCUCAUUUCAAACAGCCUUUAGUACAGAGCGGCGGCACACAACCAUCAUACAGUUGCAGUUUCGGAGUAUUUGCAUCUAUUCAACCUUGCAUUACAAAGACAAACACUACGCAAAUCUUGCCCCACUUGACGUGAGUUACUAUUGCACGACCAAUCAGGAAUCCCUGUGUAUUUGAAUACUGUCAGUUGUUGACUUUAGACCAAUAUAGCAAAAAAUGAAUGUGGAACAUGAAGUUACUCUGCUGGUUGAAGAGAUUCGUCGACUGGGCAGCAAAAAUGCAGAUGGGAAGAUCAGUGUCAAAUUUGGAGUCUUGUUUAAUGAUGACCAGUGCGCCAACCUCUUUGAAGCUCUGGUCGGAACACUGAAAGCAGCAAAGCGAAAGAAGGUCAUUGCAUUCGAAGGGGAGCUAUUACUGCAAGGAGUUCAUGAUCAUGUUGAUGUCAUAUUACUGGAGGAUUGAAUUUGACAGUCUUUUCUAAAGCCAAGUAAAAAGUCUUUUUUGAGAUGUCGCAGCUUCAGUGAGCAUUUUUAUAUAGAAAUAUACUUGAGAAUGUCACUUUUUUUGUAUACUGCAUUGGAAUAUUUUUAUACAGCCAUUUUUAUCUCAGGGGAUUGAUUUGCACAAUGUUUUUGAAAGGUAGCAAUCUUCCCUGCUCAAACACCUCAUCUCAUUAAAAUAUGUAAUAACAGUUAUAAUGUGCAUGGGCAUGUUACCAAUUCUCCGGGACUUUGAAUGAAUUCAUCUCAAACAUUGUUUUCCACAUAAUGGAAAUUAAUAUCUGCACUAGUUAUUGUCAAACUUAUAGAUAUGCCUAUGUUGAUUAUAGCCUACAUAAUCGCUGUCUUUCAACAGUAAUUGUGAACCAGUUUAUUUGCAAUACAAUGAUUAUGAAGGUAUUCAUUUGCCUUAAGUUGCUUAAGUUAUUUGUACCAAUUGCUAAAAUCCAUAACAUCCCAAAAGGCUGGUAAAUAUGACUAGUAAUUUAACAUUCAUCUGCUAUCUGAUUUUCUGCUAUUGAAGUUAUAAAGAAAGAAUCAAGUUUGCCAAAUCUCAAAACGAGUUCCUGUAUGAAAUUCUGGAAUAUUAUCAACUUUGUAUGAAACAUUUGAGAAUCAUUAUUGAAAAAGCAUAGCUAAGAAAAGAAAGCCAAGUUUUUUUUUUUUUUUUUUUGUGGUUUUGUUUAUCGACAAAUGUUUUUUCAGAAUGCCCAAAUGUGUAGUUUGUGCCAUUUCAUCAAAGCUCAGGAAGAACUUUUAACAUAAGAGCAGUAAUAGACGUCAGCAAAGAAUAAAUAGAGGGGAGUGUUUAGACAUUUGUACAUGACCAGUGUUGGGUGUAAUCUGAUUACAUAGUAAAUAGUUUCUGCAAUCUAAUAAUUUUUUAGUCAAAAGUACUACACUUUACAAUUUAAAUCAUUGCAAGUGAGAUUACAGUGACUAAUUUUCAAUCAAGUUAAGAAAAAUUUAGCAUUACACAUAUUUCUAUAAUAUUAUUUAUGUAGAAUGCAUUUAAAAUUGUUAAUAUAUGAACAAAUGUUUGUGUUUCUGUGAUGGCUGAAGGGAUAGGGAUAAUGAAAAAGGAGAAAAUAUAGAAAUGAGCAGAAAAAGCAAACAGUUUUUCAUUUUAGAAAGUAACUUAAAAGUAAUGUGAUUUCUUUUCAUGAAGUAAUCUGAUUAUAAUGUUCUGCUGAACAAAAAUGGGGUUUCACAAUCGGGGGGCAUUUUCAAACUGGGUUGGAUGUUUUUUAACCAUCUAACCAAAAUAGUGAACCUGUAUCUGCUAAAUUUGAGGGGAUUAGACAUAGGUUACAUAUGCAACACAUUUUACUCACGUAUACAAAAUUUUAUUUGUGAAUACAUAGCCUAAACAAAAUUUAUAUGACCGACCAUGAUUAUUGUAGUCUGUCCUUGAAUUGUUGGUUAAACUACUAAAGUCAGCAGAAGGCUAAAUAUAAUUGCAAUUUUGCAAUUACGGGUGAGCUCAGAUGUCAUUGAGAAGAAAAAAGGUUUUGGUAACCGCCCACUCUAUUUGAGCAAAUGAAGUUAAUCAGCCCAUUCUGGUUUGAAAACGCCCACUGAUUGGGAAACCCCUUUUUUUCGUGCAAAGACCUAUACAUCAGGUAAUUUGUUUUGGAUUACUAUUUUGGAGUAACUUACUCAACACUGGUCAUGACAGAGUGGAAAUAUACUGUAGUGUCAAAAAAAUAUUUAAUAUUAAAUAUAUAUAUUAACAUAUAUAUUUAACCUUGAAUGUUCUGCUGCAUAUACAUUUUAACCGAUUUAAUGUUUUAAUUUACAAUUUACAAUUUGUAUAUGUUUAUUUGGCUUUCUACGUGUUGCUAUUUUUUAAGUUCAUCUGUUUUAGAAAUGACUGGUGGCAGUUUAUUUAAAAGUGCAAUAAAGUACAUGAACUGGA